CCCCGAGAUGCUCCGCGCUAAGGGAGGAGGUCAGGGGGGACACCACAUCCCUUGCCACAUGCAGCCUCGCUGGGGGACCUACCCCCGGACCCCCUCGCGGGGGACACACACGGGACUGCUCCCCCCCGCCACCUGCAAGGCCAGCCCCGGCCGCUCUCGAUUGACAGCUCCUGCGCCCGAUGGCCGCGCCGGUCCCGCAGGGAAAGCCAAUCCCCGCGGGCGGGGGGGCAGGAGGCGGUGCUGCCCCCCGGCCUCGCCUUCCCCCCCGCUCCGCUGGCAGGUGUCUCUUUCGCAGGUGGCACCAUGGGGACAGGCUGUGCUGCUGCACUUGGGACCUGUCCUGCCAGCAGCGAGCACCCAGGCCAGCUGCCCCCAGCCUCACACUGCUAAAAGCRAGCAGUGCCCAAGCCUGGGCAUGUGCUGCUGGACUAUGCCAUGUCCCCCGCUGGCUGACGGGCAGCCCUGGCCCUGUGAGGACACAGCCAGCCCUGAGCCAGACGCCGGGACGCUGGAGUGCCCAGCACCACCAUGGCCCAGGACUGGGACGCAGUGCUGUCGGGGAUGACGACUGGCAGCCGGUCACGGAGCUCCAGCAGUGAAGCCAGCCUAGCUCCCCGCUACCUCCUCAGCAAGCAGAGCCGCCUGCUCAAUGGGACCACCCGGAACACCCGUGCYGCCUCCCCCAUGGGCCGUGUCAUCCUCAUCAAUGCCCCCAUUGAAGCCAGCAGCAAUGAGAGCGAYGUCAUCAAUGCCAUCACAGUGGAGAAGAGCGUGGAUGGCAAACUGGGCUUCAGCGUCCGUGGCGGCUCUGAGCACGGGUUGGGCAUCUUUGUCAGCAAAGUGGAGGAGGGCAGCACUGCUGAGCAGGCCGGGCUGUGUGUUGGUGACAAGAUCACAGAGGUGAACAGUGUGAGUCUGGAGAACAUCACCAUGAGCAGCGCUGUCAAGGUCCUCACCGGCAACAACCGCCUCCGCAUGGUGGUCCGGCGGAUGGGCCGUGUGCCAGGGAUCAAGUUCUCCAAGGAGAAGACAGCGUGGGUGGAUGUGGUGAACAGGCGCCUGGUGGUAGAGAAAAGYGGCUCGACACCAUCGGAGAGCGGCUCCGAGGACGGGCUGCGGCGCAUCGUCCACCUCUACACCACCUCCGACGACUACUGCCUGGGCUUCAACAUCCGCGGUGGCAGGGAGUUCGGCCUCGGCAUCUACGUCUCCAAGGUGGACCCUGGAGGGCUGGCGGAGCAAAACGGCAUUCGGGUGGGAGACCAAGUCCUUGCAGCCAAUGGAGUCAAGUUUGAAGACAUAAGCCAUAGCAAGGCAGUGGAGGUGCUCAAGGGGCAGACCCACAUCAUGCUCACCAUCAAGGAGACAGGCCGGUUCCCUGCCUACAAGGAGCUGGUGGCCGAGUACUGCUGGCUCAGUCGCUUGACCAACGGACAGCUGCAACAGCUGUCUCAGACCUCGGAAACCAGCUCCUCCAUCUCCUCCUACUCCUCGGGACCAGCACCAGGGGCGGUGAAUGGGCUGGGAACAGCUGCCCCAGGGCCCGCAGUCCGCACCGUGGAUGUGGCCAUCUCCACGGAGGACGGGCCACGGCGGGGCUGGGUGCGGGAACGUGCCGAGCGGGCCAUGCAGACMGAGCCGGCCGCCGAGGGGCUGCCAGAGACGCGGCGCACAGUGCGGCCCCCCGAGCUGCUGCGGGACACGGCCAUCCGGGGCCAGGGGAGCCGCGAGACCCCCGGCACGCACCCACGCCGGACCUUCACCCACUCACCCAAGACGGCACUGCUGCUGGCGCUGAGCCGGCCACGGCAGCCCAUUACACGCUCCCAGAGUGACCUCACUGUCGCUGAGGAGAAGCGGAAGAAGGAGAAGCCAGAGGGACAAGGGGCACGGGGGGCUCCCCCAGGACUGCACCGCUCCAAGACCCUUGUCAACCUCUUUUUCAAGGGGGGCCGUGCCACCAGCCAGAGCUGGGCCCCCCCCAGCCAGGAGACCCCUGGUUUUGAUCGCUGGCCACGCGCCAAGUCCCCAGGGCGCUCUGACGGGGAGAGAGGUACCAGCCUGGGUGGCAGGGCAGAGAGGGACUCAACCUGGGACUGGUUCYCCCUUCUGUGGGCCUGUUGUGGCAUCCCUGGCAUGGAGGGGGAUGGGAAGGGGUUCCCCAAGCAUGCAGUUGUGACAGUGAGCGGUGAUGCUUCUGGCUGCCCACGGCACUCACCCCUGUCCAUCUCCCUUGCAGUAGGYGCUGUGCAGAAGAUUGUCAUCCGGAGCCUGAAGCGGGAGAAAAGCCGGCGUGCCACCAUCCUGGGCCCCAUGGGCAUCGCCACCCUGCAGCCCAACGGCAGCGACCCCGAGGCCCGGCUCUCACACAUCCAGGACACUGCUGCACGUCUCCUCAGCCCCGAUGAGGUGACAGCCGUGCUCCGCCACUGCUCCCGGUACCUGCACGAGGGCAGYGUAGAGGAUUUGGUGCGGCCACUGCUGGCCAUCCUGGACCGGCCCGAGAAGGUCCUGCUGCUGCGGGACGUGAGGAGUGUGGUGGCCCCCACAGACCUGGGCAGAUUUGACAGCAUGGUGAUGCCCCUGGAGCUGGAAGCCUUCGAUGCCCUAAAGAGCCGCUCAGUGCGCUCACCUGCCCUCCGCCCGGCCCACCAUGACGCACCCCCCAAGAGACACCUCAUCACACCAGUGCCUGACUACCGCGGCGGAUUCCUGCUGAAGCCAGCAGGGACCCCAGAGCCAGAGGAAGCCGGGGAGCAGCAGGCGAGCCCAGCCCAUCCAAGAGCCUCCCCCAGCCCCCGCCGGCUUCACCCCCGCACCUACACCCCACUCCCUGACGUGCCAGUGGAUGCCUAUGCCUCCGCCAGCCGCCCCCUGCCCACCCUUAGCCCUCAGCCCCCUAACUGGCUGCUGGCUGAGCCCCCCCCAGGCAAGGGGCAUGGGCACUCUCGCAGCCCCCGGGCCACCUGGCGCAAGGAGCCCCCCAGGACAGCGCCCAACAGAGAGGCCGAAGUGCUGGGGAAGCCCCAGCGGGCACGGCCCCCUCUCGCCCCUCUCUUUGGGGGGCCAGGGGGWGAGGCGAGGGCUGGGGCAGCCACCAAUGGCCCCGAAGAUGCUGGCAGGGAGGAAGAGGAGGAGGAAGAGUAUCAUCUGCUCACCGUCACCCUCUCCAAGCUGAAGCACUCGCUGGGGAUCAGCAUCUCUGGGGGUAUUGAGUCACGGGCGCAGCCAGUGGUGAAGAUMGAGAAGAUCUUUCCUGGUGGAGCCGCCUUCCUCAGUGGCAUCCUCAAGGCCGGGCAAGAGCUGGUGUCAGUGGACGGGGAGAGCCUGCAGAACGUCACACACCAGAGGGCUGUGGACAUCAUCCGCCAGGCCUACCGCAACAAAGCCAAGGAGCCCAUGGAGCUGGUGGUGCGGGUGCCUGGACCACCUCCGGAGUGAUGCUGCACCCACUAUUCCAGGAGCCAUGCUGUGUUCCAGAGGAGCCAGAUGGCUCAUUCCUGCACCGACCUGUGGCUGGUCUCAGUGCAGCCAGAGGGUSUGAGAGCCAGGCCUGCCCCACGGGCAUGGAGCAGCUGCCCACUGCAGGACCCAAGGGAGGAC